CAAAUUCAAAAACAAGGCGCUUGGCAAGCACUGCGGACGUGACGGGACGUCAAGUGUGUAUAUGCCCUCUGUGUUUUUAACAUAACUGACGUAGUUUUUCGUCGUACGAUGGACGAUUUUACGAAGACACUACUUGCGAGAACACGUGCCCGAAGAGAAAAUCUAAAUAUGAAGAUGCAAGACUCUCCUGCCACCACACGUCAGAGGAAACCUUUUGCUGAAGACGGUCUGAAUGUUGAUAGUGAAGUCAUAGAUGAUUUUUCAAGUACAGCUGAUUGGUCUCGUAAAACUGCUCGGGAGGUAAAGCCAGACACUCCAGCCAUCCGUGGUGUUCGCUCGAGGCUGAAAACAUUGGCCGACCAAAAACCUUGGGAAGCAGGCAAUGAAAAUCUGGUUGAUGACAUGCCAGUGGUGGUACCUCGUAAGCAGAGGGAGCCUAACACACUGCCGUCAGCACCUGCGUAUGAACGGCCUAAAUCUGGAUUCAAAAGUUCACGACUUGCAAGUCUGGCAAGCACGAUAAACAACUGGGAAGAUGACUAUUCCUACCAUGGAGUUGGACACAGAACUAGCCCUACAAAGCAAUUAAAAUCAGUGGAAGCCAAUGAUGAGAGUGAAGAUGUUUCUAAGCCAGAGAUAAAAACCUCUGUCACCUGGUCUGAUGUUACAAGAACAGAGACCAUAAAGACUAAGGAAGUAACAACUGAUGAGGGAACAAAAACGUCGAGGUCAGUGAUUAAGACAGAGAUUUCCAUGGCUCCUGCUAAACCAUCGCGGACAUUCGAGCAUGACGUGCCGAAUGGCAAUGACAGACGUGAAGCAAUGGAGGAGUUUAGAACAGUGCCGGAAGUGGAAGCAGAAGGAGUUGUGUUUAAGAACUUUAUAUUGCAGUCUGCAGUUAGUCCAGCCACAAUUAAAGAUGGCACAGAUAGCCAGGUCAAUUUGAGAAAGACCCCGUCAAAGGAAAUGCAAGCAAAAGGAGAUUCGCUUAGCCGGAUGCAGGCAUUUGGUUUUGUCGAAGCAGAUAAACAAUCAGUCAAGAAGCUGUCACCGAAAAAAGUGCAGGGUCAAAAGACAGAGUCAACGCCGGGGAGGAAUGAGAUUGAAAGCAGGUCCCGUCAAAAAUCAAAGAUGGACGCUGUAAUGUCGUCGAAACCGCCAAAAUAUUUUGGCGAGAGUGAGGAUGACAAUGAGAGCGACAGUGACGCAGACGUCUCGGAUGAGGAGCGGUGCCAGCAGCUGUCCAGCGUCUACAACAAAUGGGAGAACAAGUCGCGCGAGCCUGUCGCCGCGGCAACCGCCGCGAGGGACGACGAUGUCGACGACGAUGAGGGUAGCGCGGCCGAGAACGCGGAUCAGCAGCCGGGUAAGCUGGGCAGCGUCUACAACAAGUGGCAGACGAUGUGUCAGGCGAGCGCCUCCGGCAUGCCGAAGCCAGUCAGCCUGCCCUGCAAGCCCGUCGAGCGCUCGCCCGCACGCGGCAACCCCUCGGCGUUCAGCAACAACAAGGCGCUGUUCGAGGGCGGCACGACUCCGACCACGGCUGCGCGCGGGGUCGAUGCGACGCCCGUGUCGUCGGUGGAGCGUGCGAGGGCCGCGUUCGAGCGCGGACGCAAGCCGCGACCGCGCUCCGUCGCCGUCGAGAGCCCGGCGGCGCGCCCUGGCGGGGGCGCAACGCGCGCGCGGCCGGCAAGUGCGUACGCGCCAGCUGCCCGCUCUCGCAGCCCGGACGUGCUGUCGCCGGACACCGUGCGCAAGUUUAAGGAAGGCAAGAUCUUCAAGAAGACGACGAGUCCAAUGCGCAUCAGCAGCACGGCGUCGCGCAACAAGCUUGUCGUCGAGUACUCGCCUGAGCCGAAUCCCGUCACCGUGACGACGACAGCCGCCAUCAUGCUGAAGCCCUACCAGUUCGAGUAUGACAGCGAUGAGGAGUCUGACGACGAAACAGUGGAAGUGGCUCUGGCGCCCGUUCCUGUCAGGUCUCCGGUUAAAGUGAGGUCGCCGGUUAAAGCGCGAUCUCCGGCAAGGGUGGCUGCGGUGAGGGACCCAUCGCCAGUGGAAUCUGAAGAAGAAGAAGAAGAAGAAGAAGAAGAAGAAGAAGAAGAAGAAGUUGCAGUAGUACCAGUUAGAUUGAGGUUGCCUGUAAAGGUGGCUGCGGUGAGAGAUCCCUCACCAGUGGCAGUUAGGAAUGCUUCUCCCGGAAAGAAGCCGCAGUCGGCACGGAAGAGUCAGUUCUCGCAGGCUAUAGAGGCGCUCAACUUCGGAAGUCAUGUUAACACUAAUACUCCGCAGAGAGACACAAGACUUCCCCCGAAGUGUCCCACCAGCAAGUCCAAGUCUCAGCUGGCCAGCACCACGAGGAACACAGUUUCAGCUCGAUUGCCUUCCCCAGUACCUAUGAGGGCGCCUUCCCCAGUACCUGCGAAGGCACCUUCUCCAGUGCCAAUAAGAGGACCUUCUCCUAGAAGGGGCAAGGCAACAUCCCCUUCACCAGCUAAAGACAUGAGUGCUGGAAUGAAAAAUCUACAGCAGAAACUUAUGAGUCAAAUGAAUCACUGGGAGAGCAGCACUGAUAUGGAAAAAACAAGGGAUCAGCGACAGCAGGAGAUGGUGGGUCUGCUCAACCGUUGGGAGGAGUCGUCCGCUAACACCUUACCACCAGCACCUGAUUCAGACUACAUCAGCCAGACUGAGCAGGCGCACAAUGAGGAUGCAAAACUGAAGGACAGCGGACAGUACUACCGAGGCGCGACGCCAACCAAAUACCUGAGACCUGAGAUAGAGGCUCAGAUUCAACAGAAGGCAUUCCAGUUCAUUCCAGCGCCGCCUCCAGAACCUACUGUGAGGAAGGUUGCUGAGCCUGUGGUUAGGAGGGAGCCUAAACCUAAGGCACCGUCACCCGUGAAAGAACUAGUACCAAAGAAGUUAUCAAAGUCAUCUCUGUAUCCCAGCUUGGAGUCUCUGAUGUCCGAUACAACAGAGGAGGAAGAUGAGAUAGGUUCACCCGGCGCGUCAGGGGAAGCCAGCAGCUCCUCGAUUGACUCGCUCACGAAGGACCUGGAUGAUGCUGACUGCAGUGCUAACAUCGAUGACAUCCUGGAUGGUGAGUCGAGUGAGGAGGAGGAGGAGGAGGAGAUGCCACCUCCGCCACCACGCCCCCCACCGAAAACCCGUAGGAGCAACUCUGGAUCGAGAAAACCGCCUGCUGUCCAGCCUCCAAAGGACGACUACACGUCACCGAUGGUGACGCCCCGCGACAAUGACGCUCCCCUCAUGUACAGCGUGAGCUUCUAUCGCAACCAGAAGCUGAAUGAUCACAGGCCACCUGUGACGAGGGUCGUACACAGAGGCGUGGAUCGCAAGAGGAGUUCUUCACCUGAACCAGAGCCCGAGGUUGAACGCAUCAGCCUCAAGGACAAAGUCAAGAUCCUCAAUGAUGAGAUAUCGCGGCAGCAGUCUAUAAUCAGCCAGGCGAGUGCCGCACUCAGCGUGGCGCGCUCACGUGAGGAGUUCCACGGAUCACUGGAGCAGGUUGAGGGAGAGCGGCUGCUGCUCAUCGCCUGUCAGAAGAGGACAUCGUGCAUGGCGGAGCUGCAGAAGAUAAAGAAGCUGGAGGCGAGUGGAGUAGAGAAGAAGGGUGCCAUCAAGGAGUACUGCGGUCGCACGGGCUCCGUCACAGUCAAGAACAUCAGGCUGCCUCUGAAACGCGAGUUUCUGGCCACCAGAGGGAGCACUAAUGACCUGUUUGUGCACUUCUUCCUCUGCUUGAUACGCAACGGGCCGCAAGUGGUCAACACGAUGAUGCUGUCAACGCACGAGAACGUGAUCAGCGGCAGCCUCUGCUUCAGUAACUGCAUCUGCCUGCAGGACGUCGGCAGCAACUUCAAGAUCGACAUCGACGUCUAUGGCAUGCAAACAAGAAAAGAGUGCGUAAUGCCAGAUAAAGGUCACGGCAAAAAGUCGAAGAAAACGCCCAAGAAGAGCAAGUCGCAUUCGGUUCUUGCUAAUCCAGCGUUUUCCAGCCCAGGCGCUGUCAAAACAACCAGCUUCUGCCUUAUUGGCUACACCAGCCUGACCCUGAAGAACAUAGACAGAAACAGUUUCACGCUUGAAAAGGUGCCGUUCCUGUCGCCACUAGAGGGCAGCCUCUGUGCAGACAUCACUUGCCACACAAGUGGAACAACGAUUCUGGAGAGGGGUUUCAUGGCCAUGUAUGAUGACGUGAAUGGUUUCGGAGCGUGGCACCGCCGCUGGUGUGUCCUCGGUGCGAGCUGCAUCUCCUUCUGGAAGUACCCCGACGACGAGACGAGGAAGCCGCCUAUAGGAAGCAUAGACCUGGCGAUGUGCAACUCCAAAAAGGUUGAUGUGGCGCCGCGGGAGAUCUGUGCCCGUCAGCACACGUUCAUGCUGAUCACGCAGCGCCCCUGCGCUCCCGGCGACAUAGACUCGCUGGUCGCAGAGGUUCACAGCAAAGUUACCAUCACUAGGUUUUUACUGUCGGCGGACACAAAGGAGGAGAGGAUUGUAUGGUGUAACAAGCUGAAUCAGGCCUUGGGUAACCUGCGCAUGUGGAACCCAGAUGCUGUUCGACCCUAAAUGUAGAUCAGCUGUGAGCGUUGAGUGCGAUAUUGCUGGCGGGAUGUAUUGUCAGGCACGUGCGUGCACGAGCAUUCGGAUGCUCUUGAAUGCUGUUUGCGGGUGAUUGUGUAGUUAUAUAGUUGUAGACUUUAUGUUAUACAUCCCUUUCUUUAUAUACAUUACAUUCUCUUUACUGUCUUCUUAUUUACGUGACCAAGAUCACCAACGAAGUUGAUAUAAUUUCUACAUGCAAACAUUGCCUGUAGUGAUUCUCUGUAGAAUACCAUUAAUUGACUAAUGUGAUCGUGAGCAAAGUGAUAUAAUCCUUCCUUUAUGGGUGACAGUUUCAGUGCAAUGCACAGCAAUACAUAUACACAGCAAUGUUGUAAUAUUAUGGAUAUAUUAUAUAUCUGCGCUUGGAAAUUAUGCUAUUUUUAAAUAAAACGAAAAGAUCAUUAUCUCACAUAUAUGCAAACCUUUCAAAUAACUACAGAACUAACAAUUACCAAGACAUGAACGCUCUUCAUUUUUGCUCAUCCUUGCAGCCGAUUGGAGAGAAUGAGCAUGUAUAUAAGAUUAACCAAGAAGACUUGUUUAUUGUAUUUCAUUGUGAUAUUGUGCUGUAGAUCGACUCAGAAGCGUUGGUUGCAGCCCGUAGACGUUAUUUUCAGAACAGGCAGUUCUGGCCAUCAAUACAUUCAUGCACCUGAAGGUAAACAUACGGGUGUGUCAAUUACUUAUAUUUGAUAUCAUUACUAUCAGUAAGGACAGGGCAUUAUUUGCACAGUGUGAAUGAAAGUAAACAAAAAUGCCGGCCGAUUGAUUAUACCUACAUUUCGUAAAAGAUUGAUUCUGUAAUAUAGUUGUGCAACUGGUUGGGUUUAUGUGAGUUCUAUAUCUCUUAUAUCUACGUAUGCGUUAAUAAGCUUCUGUAAACAGCCCCUUGCUUGCACAUUGCUGCGAUUUUGAGUGAUCGAUUCAUGUUCUUUGUCGUGCAUUUAGGAAUGCCAACAUGGGUCAGUAGAUAUUACCGGGUAGUUUGCACACGGCUUUGUAGCAAAUUUUGUGUUACAGAAAAAAAACGCCUGGACAAUUCGAAAUUAGUGAAUUGACACAUGAUUUUAUGUUCUUUCAUAGGAGGUUGUAAGUGCUAUAUGACAUCUUUUGUUUUGUGUAGGAAAUAUAUAUAAUUUUUUAUAGACCAAAUUAACGUAAUAGAUGUAUCUAUGUACAAGCAAUGCAUGAUAUUUUCUGGCUGGUCGGCAGUUUGGUAUACUUAUACAUGUAUGAAUAUUAUGCCCACAAUAUGAUAUGCCAUCAAAAAUAGUUUUAGCCAACACUUGUAAUCCAUGUCUAUUAAUGUUAUCGAUAAAUGUUUUUAUGCAUAAUUUAACCUGAAUUUUGUACAUACAUAAUUGUAAUCGAGACAUUGAUGUGUUCAAUAUUUCAGCCCGUUGGAAACGUGGUAUAAUUAAAUGCAUUCAUAUGGAAUAUAUAAUAAUAAUACGUA